AUGGCCACGGAAGCAUCAGAAGGCUCGGCUGCCUCGCCGUCGCCUGCGUCUACCUCAGUAAGGACCGUCACCGGCAAGAACAACAAGAAGCGAGCCUCACCCUCCAACAACUCAGAGCAACCGCAAAAGGCCAUCAAGCGACGCGCUGCUCGUGCCUGCGUGGCCUGCCGCGCACGAAAAGUCCGGUGCGACGUGAUCGAGGGAACUCCCUGCGGAAACUGUCGUUGGGACAAAGUCGAGUGCGUUGUCCAAGAGAGCCGCCGGCGAAGGAAGUAUCUUCUUACCGCCAGCAUCGGGGACCAUCUCCUCCCCACCGAAGCCCAGCUGCGCUGCCAGACUGCGUUCUGCAACCCCAUCAUGAACACAGCCGACCUUCGGCGUCUCAGCAACGGCUCUGCAAUUUCUACGAACAGCAUUGACAGUCCGGGCAGUUUUCUGAGCAACUCCGGACUCGAGAACCAUGUUCCUCACGUGAAUUACCAACCCUCUGGCUAUCGCCACGAAGUUACUCUGCACAAUAAGCUGCAUUCCUCUGAUAGCAAUGCCCAGGGCUCACUCUGGUCCAAUCUCAUGACCAGCCCUUCGGUCCUCGAUAAUCUCCGCACCUCCCAGUCUCUCAGCUCGCUUAGGGAGCAAGAAUCCACCUCCGCCCAGCUUCCUGCUUUCCUGCGCCCUCUCCCUACCAAGAUUGCAGCAGAGGAUGUCAACUACCUGCAAAUCAAGGGCGCCUUGUCUAUGCCUAUUCUCCCGCUUCAGAAUGCCCUACUGCAGGCUUACAUCGAAUAUGUCCACCCAUAUAUGCCGCUUAUGGACCUGAACAACUUUCUCAGCAUCAUUAACACUGGCGAUGGCCAGAAUGGACAAAUAAGCCUUUUUCUCUACCAGGCAGUUAUGUUUGCGGCGUCUGCUUUUAUCGACAUGAAGUACCUGCGUGAAGGCGGUUAUACGACGCGGAAAGCCGCUUGCAAGUCUUUCUUCCAGAAGACUAGGUUGCUUUACGAUUUCGAUUACGAGUCAGACCGCCUUAUCCUCAUCCAGGCUCUCCUUUUGAUGACAUACUGGUACGAAACCCCUGAUGACCAGAAAGACACUUGGCACUGGAUGGGCGUGGCCAUCUCGCUGGCCUACACCAUCGGCCUCCACCGAAACCCCGGAUUAACCAGCAUGACCCCAGCUAAACAGAAGCUGCGGAAGCGAAUUUGGUGGUCGUGCUGUAUGCGAGACCGUCUUAUUGCACUGGGAAUGCGCCAACCCUCACGAAUUAAGGACGAAGAUUUUGACGUCCCCAUGCUCGAGGAGAGCGACUUUGAAGUCGAAGCCCUACCCAAGGACAACACCGUCAUCCCCGCCAGCUGCACGCUAGUCCGCAAUCUCGACACGCAGCGAGAACUGGCCAUCAUGUGUAUUGCCAAAGCCCAGCUCUGCGUCUGUAUCAGCCAUACGCUCAAGGCACAGUACUCGGUUCUCACUAGGGAUAUCAUAAAGCUCGAGAAUACAACGAAUAGCACUAUAAUGCUAUUUCCUAAUAAGCAGCUAGAUAACGUCGAGAGUAUUAAUAAGACGGACCUUGAGCUUAUGGCGUGGGCUGAGUCUCUGCCUACCUGCUGCCAGAAUCGUACCCUGACACCCUUGGAUGUUAAGGAUGGACGAACUACCAUCGCUGUGCAGCGCACGCUACUCCACAUGGUUUACUACACUACUAUUUCAGCACUAUAUCGGCCUCAAUUCCUGCCCUCCACGCCUUUCCAGGCGCCCACGAUAUCGAGCCAGGUUCAGGGCAUAGCCCAAUUGCGAGUGCGCGACGCUACGAUGCAUAUCACCCGAAUGGCCUCGGAGCUUCACCAGUGCUGCCUAGAGCGGUUCUUGCCUCCUACCGGUAUUACGGUCAUUAUGCCGGCCAUGAUCAUUCAUCUGCUGGAGAUGAAGAACCCUGCUCCUCAGGUAUGCCACCAUGCCACUGAAGGCUUCCGCCAGUGCAUGCAGGUAAUGGAGAAGCUUCGCGAGGUAUACACUGCGGCCGACUACGCAAUAGGCUUCCUCGACACUGCCCUGCGCAAGACAGCGGUCGACAUUAAUGCCAACCUCAAUCCUUCGACAUUAGCCAUGAUAAAGCCAGUACCGGUCGAGUUCAGCGCCCAGACGCCGCCACUCAAGAAUACUCCGGAGAUGACCGCCUCUGAGUCUCUUUUCAACGAGAAGCCCAAGGAGCCGCAACCGCAGCCGACGCUGGCCAAUGCCGCCGCCCUACAGCCUCCUACCAACUCACAGCCUCAACCUGAGCUAUAUUCUUCAGCUGCCGGACUGACGCCAACUGUCAGCGUUGGUUCGGAGGAGAUACAGUUUGGCGUCGGAAAUACGGAUCUCGAUUCCAUGCAGGGAUAUGGCGAAUUUAGUUGGAACGCCGUGGCCGGAACCAACUCUGACGUUGACCAGUGGGUUCAAUCCCCUCUUGAUGUUGCCAAUCAAGUUGAUAUAUUGAUUGAUGGCGUGCUUGGACGCGGAGUUGACCAGCCGACCAUGUCGGGCGAGCAAGCGCUGAGCGGGGCCAAAAAAAUGUUGAGGACACUGUAG